UGCUGUCAUGAAACGAUCAAACUUUAAUUCUUACAAAUCCACCAAUGUGUGACGUUUGAUCAUUUAAACACACAGGUAGUUUAUCUAAAAGUAGACAUUUUAAUGUCACGUCUCUCAGGUCUCUCGUUAAUCCUCAGAGUAAAACAGAGUCUUUCAAAUGCUUUCUCUCGUAUCAGAGACAGACGUUUGUAGACUUCAGUUUGCCUUUUCUCCCGCUGAAUAAUUUCCCGUUGUGUCCGAACACACGGCUCGUUUUUAUCGCCCAUUUGUGGCCGAAGUCGGGGAGGAAGCUAGCUCUCAGAUCUCUGCAGGAUAGCAGACAGACAACCAGAGGUGACAUGGCAGUGAUGGAAAAUAUCCAAGGACAGCUUGGAAGAGAAGACAUUUCCUCUCUUGCAUCCCUACUUCCUCGCUCUUUCCAGUCCGUCAUACACUUCCUUAGAUUUCUCCCCAACGCCUUUCCUUCCUUGUUUCCUCCUCCUAUCUCCUAUCAAGGCAUCUAAAUAAAGGGAGUGUGAGCCCUGAUGAUCUUCUGUGUGUUGCCCCUCUGCAGGCCGACGCUCACCAUGACCCAGAGGAACCUGACCGGAGGUUGUAACGUGAACUGCGGCUGUAAGAUCCAUGAGUACGCUCCGGUGUGCGGCUCCGACGGCAUCACGUACUUUAACCCCUGCCUGGCCGGCUGCAGCAGCGUUGCCAACGACAGCACCGGGAUCAGAAACUACUCGGACUGCGCGUGCGUUCAGAGUCGGCAGGUGAUCACGCCCUCGUCCAGCGCGUCGGGCUCCAACCAGCUGCAGCUCGUCAUCGUGAAGACGUACCUGAACGAGAACGGGUACGCCGUGUCGGGGAAGUGCGACCGCACCUGCAGCACGCUCAUCCCCUUCCUCAUCUUCCUCUUCAUCGUCACGCUCAUCACCGCCUGCGCCCAGCCCUCCGCCAUCAUCGUCACGCUCAG